CUAGGUUAGGUCGGUACCUAUUUAAUUUCAUUCUAAAAGAAAAUAAUACGGAUUAUAAUUAAUUAAAUAUUAAAAAACACAAAAUGUUAAGUGCUGUUAGAAAUUGUGUAAGACUCUCAGUGAAUCCUCUUGUGCGCUCUCUGCAGACCACAACUCCUGUAGCCACAGAGAAAUUUGACCACAAGAGGAUCCCAGCAGACGACGAAGGCGUACAAGGAGAAAAAAUAGUCGAUCUAGACGCAGUUCUUAAAAAGAAGCAGAAUCUAUUUCCGACCCUCGAGUCUGAUGAUAUGUUAUUCGAUGGCACACCUUACAAGAAACUACCUGUGGUAAACGUUCGCGUGAGCCAGAACAACACAAUUUUUACCCUAACAGACUAUGAAGGAACAGUAAAGAUCAUAAGAUCAUGUGGUAUAGAAGGCUUCAAAAAUACGAAAAAGGGGACUAAUAUAGCCGCUCAAACUACAGCCAUUAGCGUUGCUACAAAAGCAAUAGACAAAGGAUUCAAAACAAUCAGAGUCAAAGUAAGAGGGCUAGGGCCUGGUAGAUUGGCUGCUGUAAAGGGUCUACAGAUGGGUGGCUUGGAUAUUGUAUCAGUGUCAGAUGACACCCGGGUCUCAUGGAAUCCACCACGGCCAAGGAAGGCUAGGAGAUUGUAAAUUGUAUAUUUGUCUAUUAGGAAUAAAAAUUUUAGAAAUUUAAAA